UCAAAACUAUGUGAAAUGUCAUUUGCCAAACCAACGUGGUGUGGAAAAUAAACUUUCGAGACUCGUGUUUACAUUUCAAUAACAUUAAUUUAUCAUGUGAAUUGAGAAUUACGCGAAAAGAAGAUAUUACAGAUCUGUAAAAUAUGGCACACAUAUCAUAUCCAUUCAAAAAAACUAAUAAAGCCGCAUUUCAAAAGCCGGCCUCUGUUCUUACAAGCGAUGCAAUCUAUUGGAAGAAACUUGGAUUACCAGUCUUAAUAAAGGAGUUUGGUGCAAUAGACUACUUAGAUUUUAGCCCUGUGGAACCAUACUAUUUUGCAGCCACAUGCUCCGUUCGAGUGCAGAUAUAUGACCCAGUGACCAAAGUAGUAGCAAAGAACAUAUCGAAAUUUGUAGAAGCUGCUUAUGGUGGAUGUUUUAGAGCUGAUGGAAAAUUAUUGGUGGCAGGAAGUGAAGAAUCAGGGGUCAAACUGUUUGAUGUACAAUCAAAAAGCUUACUCAGGGUGUUUACGGGACACACAGGGCCAGUGCACAGAACUUUCUUUACUAAAGACCAACUCAAGGUUAUUAGUUAUUCAGAUGACAAAUCUGUAUCACUAUGGGAUAUAUCGACAGAGGAGAGAAUUGCAAAUUUUUCAGAGCAUACAGAUUAUGUGAGAGCUGGUGCACCUAGCCCCAUCUCCCCUGACAUUAUUUUAUCAGGAAGCUAUGACCACUUGGUUAAGUUAUAUGACUGCAGGUCAAAUGAAACUGUCUUGACUGUGAAUCAUGGUAGUCCUGUAGAAUCAACAUUAUUCCUACCAUCCGGAGGUUUGUUCAUAAGUGCUGGUGGAACUGAAAUCAAAGUGUGGGACAUUUUCAAUGGAGGAAAGCAACUUGCGAACAUAUCUCAGCAUCAUAAAACUGUCACCAGUCUUCGUCUUGCAACUAACAAUAGUAGACUUAUGUCUGCUUCAUUGGACAGACAUGUCAAAAUAUAUGACAUAUCUACAUUCAAGGUUGUUCAUAGUAUUGACUUCCCUAAUGCAAUUCUUAGCAUGGCAAUAUCAGAACAUGAUGAUAUUCUAGCGGUAGGCAUGGUUGAUGGCAUCAUAUCGGUAAGAAAAAGAGAAAGGCCAGCUCAGAAUAAAGAGGAAAGACGAAAUUUAUUGAAAUUUGCUCCAGACCAUUUGAAAGCAAAAGCUCAGGAAGUAUCCAUGUCUACUGCCAAAGCUACUAAAAUGCCUGAAUAUGAUGUUUUGUUACGAAAAAUGGAAUUCGGUAGAGCACUGUCUGUUGGUUUAAGAACUUACACAGCAACUAAAUAUCCAGAAAAAACUGCAGCCUUAAUACAAGAAUUGUUUAGACGAGGAGUGCUCCAUAUUGCUAUGGACAGCCUUAAUGAAAAAUGUAUAGGAGCGAUGCUUAAAUAUCUCAUAAAAAAUUUGGGAGAAAUACGAUUUACCAGAACUAUCAUUGAUGCAGCAAAUGUAUUUAUAGAUGUGUUUGAAAGUCAACUUAAUACUUUCUCUGAACGUAAUUUGUCCUUAUACAAACUGUUGUUAAAACAUAUUGAGGAUGAAAUAGACGUUUGUAAGCAAGUUAGUGAAUUGGAAGGUGCCUUGAAUCUUUUAAUGGCAGGUGCGCAAGUCAGCACAAGUUCAGAGCCUCUAGAGCUCAAUGAUACAUUUACACCAUCAGUGAAAGCCCAAAAAGAAAUUGUUAUUGAUGUGUAAAAUAAAAUACUAAUAUUUUAAA